AUGAACAAUGAUUUUUCACAUAAAACUACGACCGCAUUCUUUGAGGCAAUAAAAAAUGAAGAGCAUAAUCGUCGUCGACGCGUGCCGAACGAACGAAGACGUCGCAUCGGAGUAGCCUGUUUAAAUUGUAAAACGAAAAAAGUUCGCUGUGAAGGCGGCAAUCCUUGCAAAGCAUGCGCUUUAAACGACUUACAAUGCGUAUAUCCAAUGCGAGAAGAACGAGGUGCUGAAAUGAAACGAGAAUAUUUUACGAAUCUCUCAAAGAGGUAUCAGUGUCUUGAAUACAUGAUGGAACGACUUUGUGGUGCAAAGAUCUCUCAGUAUUCGACUGAUUCUUUGGUGAAUUUAUCCACUUCUCUUAGCAAACGACCGGAUCCGAUUCUUCCAAAUGAAAUAUUUUCAAAUGUUACUGCAACCUCUCCUUUCUCGACUAAUUAUGAUUUCUUACAUCCCGCUGCUGCCAUUCCUGAUACCAAUAAACAACAAAACAACACAGAACCUGUGCUAAUUCCAGAAACUCGUCAAUGGAAUGAUAACACCGAGCACCAUUAUCAGGAAGAAUAUGACAGCACUGCUUCAAAUGGUGACUCUAACGACCAAAAUGUGGACGAGAUUAUGAGACUCAUUGGAAAGAUCAAAGUUGAAAACGGAGAAUCUCGUUAUAUUGGUGCCUCGGCAGGUGAAGCUUUCGUUGAUUCGGUUCAAAGCGAAAUCCUUGCCGAUCCCUCCUUUUCUGACUUGAGUACUUAUUCAUAUUCCCAUCCUGUCUAUUCCCCUAAUGAACAUGAUGUGAACGCAGUUAAUCAAGGCCUAAGCCUUUUGCCUCCCUCCGAAGUUGCCGACUUCUUAAUUAAAGCAUUUUAUAGACAUGUUCAGGCAAAUUUCUUUUUCUAUCAUGAGACACUUUUACGCUACCGACUGAAUAUUAUUAUAAAUUAUCAAAAUAAUCCUUCAGUUGACCCUGGAUUUCUUAGUUUAGUUAUGAUGAUUUUUGCAUUGGGAAGUCAAUUUGCUCACCUUGAAGUCCAAUCUGCAAGCACCUUACUUGACAAUCCUGGAAAGCAGUUUUUUGAUACCGCUCGCCUUUUACUCCCUCAAGUUAUACAGCAAUGUAAACCUAGUCUUGUUCAAGUUUCUUUAUUAAUAGGCUUAUAUCUUCAAUCAACACUAUCCCAAAAAAGCUCCUAUACUUAUUUCGGUCUUGCCCUUACAGCAGCCGUCGCCAAUGGUCUACAUCGAAGUUGCGAAAAUCCAGACAUUGAUCCUAAAACAAAAGAACUCCGCAACCGUUUAUGGUGGUCAGUUUAUACAAUGGAUCGUCUGAUUAGCAUUGCCACUGGACGUCCUCUUUCAAUUGCGGACGGCGAAUGCGAUGCUGCUUUACCAACUGUAGUCCCAGAGCUUGAAAUUGAAGGUUCAGCUUCUAAUGUUCAUAACAUUAUAUCCAUGUCAAAAAUUGCUCAGAUUAUGGGAAAGACCAUGGAAGAGCUGUAUGGGACUGUGAAUUACAAGAAAAAUCCGAUUACUAUUAUUGAAUCUUUGCGAGCUGAUCUGAACGAGUGGAAACAAUCCUUGCCUCCUUUUCAAAUCCUCGAAAACUUAGAUCCAAACCAUCCUUUAUUCCGUGCUAACGUUCAUCUUCACAUGACAUAUGACCAAGCUAUAAUAAUCAUGUCUCGCCCUGUCUUGCUGCAUAAAAUGAAGAAUGCCAAAAACUCACCCAGAGUAAAUCGUAUCAAUGAGGAUUGCAUUCUUGCAGCUAGGCAUUUAAUAUCUCUUGUACAUUUACUCCAACAGCACUCUCAGCUAUCUUGCUAUUCCUUUUUUGAUUAUAAUUAUACAUUUUCGAGUGCUCUCGUUGUUCUAUUACAUUGUGUAACGGAGCCUUGCCAGGAAGACGACAUUGCUAUGGAAUACGCAUACGCAGCUCUUGAUUACAUGGCAGAGGGCAAUGAACCAGCAAAGAAUUGUGCUAAAAUCAUACGUCUGUUCGAUACACAUUUGAAGGGUAUACGUUCAGCUGGGAAUAAUUCUAGUCAAUCAGGAUUUAUGGCUUGGCAACGCUGGAUAGCCGAAGUCGCCUCUAAAAACGAUAAAUCUACUCCGACAAGUUUUGCUGGUAGUUAUACACCGAGUGUAUCAACCAAACAGUCUAGUGCAUCUUUAACCCCUGGAUCAACUCCCAUGCAUGCAGACAUGAGUUGGUUUUCUCUUCCUGAUGAUAAUUCUUUUUCGUUGGAUGCUAAUGACUUGGAUGAAUAUAUUAAAAAGGUUGGCGCUGCGUGGGAUACAAACAAAACUACGCCUGAUCUUGCCAAUGAUUCUUCUUUGUUGAGCUGGGCCAAUGCCGACCAAGGAAUGGAUAUCGAGGGUAGCUGGUUGGGAAAUAUGCAUCCUUCGUGGUUAGAUUAUGUCUGUCCUUGA